UUGAUAGACCCUUGUAUCAUUUUACUUUAAUUUAAACUUUUUCAUUACAUUUAUUUUACAACAAUGCCAAAAUGAAUUACCAAAAGAAUACAAAGGAAGUUUGUCGGAUUUGUUUGGAUGAAAACGUUAUUUUGAACUGGAAUAAUAUGUUAUUUGAUUACUAUGGGAUAACAUACAAAGAGUGCUACUACAAAUACACCCAGUUGGAUUGUAAUGAUCCUGAUAUAUUCCCCUCAAUGUUAUGUCAAAAUUGUUUAAAUGGUUUACAAAAUAUCCAUACUCUUAUCUUAAGAGCUAUAGAAUCGCAUAAAUAUUUUGAAGAAACACAUCUCAUCAAUUUAGAAAUAGAGGAAGACCAAUGUCAAGAUGUAAUUGAUAUUAAGUGUAAUCCAACAGAAUUCGAAACUGUAUUAAUGGACGAACAAAUAGUAGAUGAAACAAAUGAACAACACACAAAUUUCGAUAAAUCUGUUAAAGAUAAAAUAAAAUCUGUUGAUUUGGAUAGCACUGACGAUGAAAGUAUUGCAGCAUUAAAAUAUAAUAUGCUAAAUAGUUGCAAACGUAAGGCAAUAAGGGAAAUCAGUGAACCCAAUGUGGAUAACAAUGAAAAACGAAUUUCACCAGAUGAAAACAAAGAUAAACCAGAAGAUAGAAAAAUCAGUAAAUUUAAAAAUAAUUGCAAGAAUAUUAAAAACAAAAAGGAUCGUGUAAAGCAAAAAGAUCAAAAAAUUAUAUGCUCCGUUUGCUCUAGAGAAUUUGCCAAUAAAUGUAUAGCAAAAAAACACGAAGUGACACAUGCUAAAAAUAGGGAACGUAAAGAAACAUGUGAAAUUUGUGGUCUUAAGCUCUAUACUAGGAAUAGUCUUCUUCAGCACCUGGAAAUACAUGAUAAAAAUCGUGAAAAGACACAGAAGUGUGAAUAUUGUUCGAAAGCCUUUUAUAGAAAAGGAGAACUUAAUAUACAUCGGCGCAUACAUUUGGGACAAAUGGUAGCCUGUAAUAUAUGUUCUAAGGAGUUCUUCAGAAAACACGAAUUAAAUCAACAUAUGUCUACGCAUUCAACUAUAGCUUUAAAUGCGGAAAUAAGGAAGAGAUCAAAAUAUUUUGUACGCUGUAAGGAUUGUGGCAAAAACAUACUUAGUACAAGUUACAAAUCUCAUAAAGCUGCUCAUCUAAAAACUCCUCUAGUGAAAUGUUCCCUCUGCAAUAACGAGUAUUACAGUCGAAGCAGCUGCUGUGUUCAUUUAAAAAGGAUCCAUAAAAAACGGAAAGAAGAAUUCGAUGAUUGCAUAAUCGUAUUAAAGAAGGAUCGAAUAUCACGUUUGUAUAUAGAGCAAACUGAAGACAUAGAACCUGCGGAUUAACACUGAGAAAUUCCAUAAACUUAAAUCAUUCCAAUAUACACAUUAAUUCCAGAUAGGAAUUAAGGAGGUAAAAUCUUAUUAGUCUUACAUACUACACGUAAGUCAAACUGGCAAAAGACGAAAGACAUUGUUCGUGUGAGAGAAAAUACGUAGUUCAUGAGGCAAACAAUUCCAGCACCAAGCAAUCCGCACCACAAAUGACCUUUCAAAAUUGAGUCUAAAAAUUCUAGGAAUAUGAACUUGCGGAUUCCUAGAAGACCGCAAGAAUACAAAUUUAUUAUAUAAAGUUAAAGGAAAACCAUUUCUGAUAAAGUUAUAAAAAAUUUAGAUUACUAUAUUUUACAAAGUCACUAAAAGAAAGCACAAGAAAUAGCUUUACAUAUGAGGAUAUAUGAUCACUAUGAUGAUAAUGUCCUUUUUUGAACGUGUUCAAAUUAAGAUUUAAAGAACAUUUGCAAGGUCUUCAAAAGGGAAAGAUACUGGACUGUUUUUCGGGGCAAGGUAUUGGCCGAAUUCAAUCAUAAGUUAAGGAAACUGUGGAAACAGUAUUUCAAACAUAUGGAUUAAAAAAUCGUCCUUCCAGAUGUAAUUUAAAGGACGAUUUUUAGGAUGCGGUUAUAAAGGAAAAGCUAAAUUAUUCGAAAUAAUUUUUUGACUCAAUAAUUGUUUCAAUACCAACUAUAUUCUAAGUAAAUGACAAGUUCUGAAAAAAACGUUAAAAUAAUACCAAAGUUUUUAUUAAUAUUAGUAAAUCACGUUUAUACAAAGUGUAAAUAUAAAAAAAUUCAAUAAUAUUGUUAAAUUUGUUAUAAUUUAAUGAAAAAAUAUAUUUUUUAAAUAAAAUUUGUAUAUACAUA